AUAACUAUCUCCUAAUGGAGUGGAAUACAUAGCAGGGAAAGUUGAAGUUUCCAUUCUCCCACAGGGAAAAGGCUCGAGCAGAACUUGGACGCUAAUUGGCUCGUCAGUGCACCUGCGCACAGCGACACAAAACAGAUACAAAACAGACAACACGUGAGAUGAGCAGUUUACCUACGUUUACUAUUUAUGUCAUCUGAGAUGAAAUGUCGCAAGUACAUCAGACCACACCAUCAAACCUGACUGAGGGCUACUCAGUGUCAAACUUGACUUUGGUUGUCUUAUUGUUGAUUCCAUGUGUGGUCAUUUUAUUGCUCUUAAACUGCCUGUUUUUGGGCUACAAGUUGUUAAUUUUGUCAAAAAAGACCAACAGACGUGAAGACACGGAAGCAAUGCUUUUGCAAUCUACACAGCACGGGGUCAGACGAUUGUCAGACGUGGCAUUCCCUCAGCUGCCGAAUGGAAGGAGAGCUUACAUGUCCCUGUCGGAACCUGUCCUACCUCACCCAGUCACUUCUUCUAGGGCUUCAUCUAGGGAGAGGCCAGGUUUUGACCAUAGGAUACGGCUCCUCAGGCCUGACUGCGCAACCGGCUCAGGGUCUCUGAGGGCGCCAAGCACCAUCCGCGCCACUUCCUCUGCGGCCACUCCAAGACUGGACCAGCCCUCCGGUGUUUAUGGCAAAAGUGCACCUCUUCUGCCGCAACAGUCCAGCGACUCCGAGGCUGAAACCAGAGUCAAUCUGGUGCCCCCUAACUCCCCAAUGCAGGAGGAAAAUGAGGGACAACUUUGUAGCAGCAGUCCCUAUGACAUGAGGACACACUUGAACACAGCUGCUGCAGUGCAUCUGUUUGACAAAAUGGACAUGGAGUGUGAGCUUUCAAACGGACUUUCAGAAGUCUCCUGUAUCCUCACAUCUGCAGUGGGUCCUGGACUGGACAGCGACUUUGGUGCCAGUGCAGGUUUUCUUACAUCUUCUUUGAGUGUGUCUUUGAGGAUACUCUCCGCAGACAGUGAUGGUUUGUCCAACAGCAUGCUUACAUCUGCCUUGGAAUGGGACUACUAUGAUCCAUGCUAUGUCAAACAGAAUAAUGUCCCAAAACAGAAACAUCACAGACCAGUAAUGCACACAAAACAGUAUUGGGUCUAGUCGACCACUCCUGCAUAAUGUAAGAUUUUAAAUAUUUAUUUAACGUAUUUUAUUAAUUUAAUAUUUUAUUUUGUUAUUUAUCUCAAAUUAACAUCUCACUGUCACAAAUUUAAGUUCACCAUUGUUCAAAGCACAACCCCACUAAAGUUCAUUAUUCACCUGUACAACUGUCGAUGCACUUAAGAUGUAAAAAUCACAUUUUUGCCAACAGUGACCAUGACACAUUUUAUCACAUGGAAAUUACCUUGUUUUUACACACAAUAAAUGUAUU